UCAGGCGGCGCGUGUGUAACGCGACAUUUUACAGUAUUGACUGUGGUCGGACCGUUGUUGUAAAUAUUGUUUAUUUUCGGGUUUUCCGCGUUUUUUUCGUAAGUUUUGGUGUAUGUUGGGUGUUCCGCGGGGUGUGAUACUGCCGGUGCAAUGUUCCGAGUGCCAAAGAACUAAUGGAGACAGCUGUAAUCCUGGUUAAAAUUCCGCCAUCGCCAAAACGAAAGCCUCCUCUUGACAUGGCAACGAUGGUUCGCCGCAGAGCGAGUGCCUUUAUAGAAUAGCCAUGGAAAUAGAGGUAAAACAAAGAAAUAGAAGGCGAAAACGCGCUCAGCGUAUGCAGCAGGAAUUAAAAGAUACACGUGCUAACAAGGCGAAUGCCGACGAAAGUGAGGCAGAGGAUGUCAUCCCCAAGAAACCCCCACGACCCCCCAAUCGAAGAAAAAAGCAAAAGGACCUCCUCAAGGAGCUGCUCUGCGAGGAGGACAUCGUUGAAGGUUUCUCUAUUUUACAGUUCAGAUCCUACGAGGACUUGGAGUUGGUGGUGAAGAUUGCUGCGAAGGAUGGAAUUAAACGUCUUGUCGAAGUCGAGAGACCCAAGCUCGAACCGAAGGCCCAUAUCACCAAUCACAUUUUGGUGCACAACAAUCAUAAUGGGUUGACAUUAACCCACGACCCGGCUACAAGUGACGAUAGUGGUCGGGCUUCAGAAAGACUAACUGGAUCCUCAGUGGUAUCAGUAGCACCUCGAGAACGUGAUGCUGAUAGUUCCAGAGACCGAUUGAGCGAUGCAAGCAGUAGAUGCAGUUCAGGGAAAGGAUAUAUCUGUGAUAGUGAAGGAGAAGAUGAUAAGGGCUCCGAUACAAGCUCAGUAAUCUUCCCUUCAGCGCCGUCGGUGCGAAAACACGAAUUUCCUGGCGCGCUACCACCCAGCCUGCCUCAAGGGCUACCCCAUGGACCGGGUAGCAGCCCCCUGCCAGCCCCUACAGCCCCCAAGUUGCCGGCACCGUCACCCGCGCCCGCUCAGCAGCCCCCGCAUCAUCCGCCCCAAGCAAUUCCGUCGGCGGCGGUCGCCCCUGCUAUGGGUGAAAGUGCCUCCCUGGGCGGCGCCGCUCAGCCAAUGGGGGGCGCCGUACAACCACAAGAGGCCACCAUCAAGCCGGAGAUUCCAGUUAUGGGUGCGAAAAUGCCGCCAGUAACUGUACAAGGUGAGUGUGCUUUGGAAUACUGUGCAAUUUUUACAGAGAAACAUCCAUUCCCGGAUCAAACCGACAUGCUGCGCAGAGAGUUGGAUAACCGUUUCUUAGCUUCGCAGGAUCGGGGACUAGGAGUGGCUCCUCCGCCGUACUUGCGCACUGAGAUGCAUCAACAUCAGCAUCACCACACUCAUGUGCAUCAACACACCACGUCUCUUCUGCCUCCGCCUGGAGCUUCUGCGCUCUUUUCAUCUCAGAUGCCGUUAUCUCCCAUCGACAGGCUGGCUAGAAGAACUCAGAGCAGUUUUAAAGAUAUUCCGAAACUAGGCGGGGUCGAUUCACCGUUUUACCGGCAAGGUUUGGGUGUGCCUGGAUAUCCAGGGUACAACCCGGGACUAAUGGGACAUCCAGGGUUGGCGACGGGUCCCACUCCGUUUGCCCCACCUAACCAUCUGCCGACAUUCCAACCGAAGUCGCUGACCGCCCAAGAUCCUACAAAGCCCAAAAUCAUGAAGUCGGGAAAGUGGAACGCAAUGCAUGUACGGGUGGCAUGGGAAAUUUACCAUCACCAGCAGAAGUCUGGAGAUGCCAAAGGAACAUUAUCGGGAAUUGCGCCUAAAUCCGGCGUGCCAAGUACGGCCGAUUUAUUGAGGGCGCCCUCGCAUCUGUUUUCUCCGGGGAUGCAUCAACGACCUCCCGAAUUGUCUCCUUACACUUCUCCAGCUUUGAGUAAUCAUAGACCUGUUGGGUUCGAGCAGCCGACGCAUCAUCCCGCCAGCUUGUUUGCCACUCCUGCCGGACAUCUGGGUUUCAACGCGCCAUCUCCGUUUGGGAUGUCGCCGUUUGGAGCUUCUAGAGAAGCUGCCCAUUUGGCAGCUCUACAUCACGAUCCCUGGCGCUCAAUGCAACGCUCUAUUCCGGGAUUCCCGCCUGCAGUUAAUCCUUUACCACCCACUUUACCGGGUAGGUAUUUUGGUAUGUAUACAAGGUUUUCCAUGCUACGCGAGAGGCGGGACCGAGAAGAAAAGCAGCGCCGAUUGGAACAGCAGCAGCAGCAAGAGCGAGAAAGACGUGAAAAGGAACGACGCGAACUAGAGCGGCGUGAAAAUGAAAGACGAGAACGCGAGCGCGAACUGUUGAUGCAUCAGCAGCGUUUAGCGGCUGAAUCUGCUGCCAAACAAGCAAUGCCCGCACCGGGGAUCAGGGAGAGAUCUCCCAUGAGAAACGGCCAACAGGAGCUAGCCGACAUUCGAGUAAAAGAAGAACCGCGGGUCGUUGUUAAAGAAGAAGAUAUGAUGACACGAGCCGAUCCAAAUGCAUACAGGUACCACCCUUACAUGCGGCAUCCGGGUGCGCUACAACCUCCUCCGCCUCCUUCGGCUUUAGAUCGGUCGCGAAUGUUGGCGCAUUCC